GGCGGCCACCGCCCCGCGGCGGGGAGGGAAGGGGCGCGGCGGGGAGCUCGCCAUUGGGCCGCGGGUGAGCGCCCGGGGCUGGGGGCGAGAGUAGCGGUCGCUUCACGCUGCCCGGGCAGCCACCAUGAGCGCCCGGCGGUCCCCGGGACGCAGGAGGGGGAGGGCGGAGGCUCACCCCAAGAUUGAAAAUCUGAAGAAGAUAAGCCAUGAGCUAAGGCAACAUGUCCUACAACUGCUUGAUAAGAAGCAAGUGGUUGAAAGACAAGUGGAUAGGUUGACCUGCAAGAAUGAUCACCUGUGUAAAGAACUUGCCAUAAUUGCCAAACUAUCUGAGCAGCUGGAAAAGGAAAACGAACUGUUACUGAACACCACUGAUAAGGAAUUAGAAGAAGCAAAGACUCAAGUUCGACACCAGCAGAACAACAUAAAGAAGCUGGAACACACGGUGAAAACAUUGAAAUCUGUUAUUUUGCAAACAGAGAAUGAAAUAAGGCAAGGGAAAUCACCUUCAAGGCUUGAUACGUUUAUUAAGACAUUGGAAGAGGACAGAGACUACUAUAAAAGCAAGACUGAGAAUUUGCUGAGGGUGUUUCGAAACAAAUCUUCAAGUCCUAAGCGUAGCUCUACUUGUGGCAGCAUGUCAAAAAAAAAAAUCACACAUCCAGGCACAGGAAGAGAUUUCCCAUACUUGUCAGGAAGUCAUCAAGUGCACCAGGACUCCAAGAAGUACUGUGGCGGCUCAAGCAAUGUUAAGGCAUGUGGAGACAGAAAGGGAUACAGCACUGUCGGAUUUACGGCGGAUGACUACAGAACGUGACAGUCUCAGGGAGCAGAUGAAGAUUUCCCAAGAGACCGCAUUUAAUGAGAAAGCUCAUUUGCAGCAGAGAAUUGAAGAGCUAGAAACUACUAUUCAAAAUUUAGAUAGUGAACGGUUAGAGCAGAUGUCCAGAAUGGCUCUAAUGAAAGAACACAUCGAUUCUCUGGAAACAGAGGUAAAAAUAAUGGCGAGAAGAUCCCAGGACUCUGAGAAUGAACUAAGCCACCAGAAAGAUGAAUAUAUUUCACUGAGUCUAAUGAAGGAAAAGACAGAGCAGAUUCUUUCAGAGGCUCAGCGAAACCUUACUAAGAAAAAAUAUGAAAUUCAACUUAAUGAAGAGAAAAUUAGGCUUUUGGAUGAAAAAAUUGAUAACUUUUCGAAACAAAGUUUUGCACAAGAAGAGAAGAUCUGUGCCUUGAAAGAUACAAUCGCGCAACUUGAUAAAGAGAAGGAAACUUUGCAAGAGUGUGUGGAAGAAGAAAGAGAGAAGAUCAUCACUUUUGAGGAAAACCUGAGGAUUAAAGAGAAAACCAUUUCAGAUUUGAAGAUUCUGAUUUCUGACUUGGAGCGUUCGAUACAAAAAUCUGCUGAAGCGCUGUGCAUCUGUGAGAAAGAUAUCACCAGUUUGCGACAACAGCUGCAAGAAACCAACAAAGAACUUGCACAGGCUAACAACAACAGAGAAAUAUUAGCUCAGGAGAAGGACAGGUUACAAGAGCAUCUUUCUAAUGCUAAACAAGAAAAUCAGGUACUACAUGUGAAAAUAACUAAGUACCAGAAUGAGCUUGAUGAGAUGAAGUUGAAAGCCCAGGAUUCAAACACAGAUAUUGCCAGGCUGAAGGGAGUACUGAAGUUUAAAGAGAGAGAGAACUGUGAGCUUUUGGAGAAUUACCACAAAGCCUGUGAACAAGGAGAAAGUUGGGAAGCAAAGUGCCAUCAAGCAGAAGCAGAUUGUAACUCUGUUAGGUUGGCAUUAAUCAGCGUGGAAUCUGAGAACCGCAGGUUGAAAGAGAAAGUGAAGACCCUUGAAACAGAGAUGGAGCAACAUUUAGCAACAGAAGAAGCAUACCAGUCUCAGCUUUCUACCUUACACAAGUCUAUUGUGAAAAUGGAAGGAGAGCUUCAAAACAUACAUCAGGAGAGAGUCUCUAUACUUGCAAAUCUCGUAUCUACGCAAGAACUUUGCAUUAAAUUAGAUGAAGGCAAAGAACUAUUAAGUCAGCAGUUAACUUCCACAUCAGAGAAGGUAGAAAGGCUGCAGAGCGAAUGUGAUUCAUCCCGUUCUGAAAUAGAGCUGCUGAGAAGACAACUGGGAAAUGAAAGAGCAUCUCUGAAAAACCUGGAAUCUUUGCUUGCAUCCAAUCGUGAGAGAGAAUUUCAGUCACAGAUAGCAGAGCAAGAAAAAGACUCUGAAAUUCAGCUUCUCAAGGAACAACUUUCUUUAGCAGAAAAUAAACUCACUGUGAAGAGUCGAGAUUUCACUCAGCUCAAAAAUACAACAGCUCAGCUAGAGUCAGAACUGGAUAUCACCAGAAGACAGCUGGCAACUGAGAGGUUUGAAAGGGAACGUGCUGUACAGGAACUUCGAUGCCAGAAUCGUACAGUCACAUAUCAGUUAAGCUCUACAUUAAGAACAUCAUCCCCUGAACGUGUUCAUCAUCUGCCUCCUGACUGGUCUCUGGACAGUUCCCUGGAAGGGAAUUCUUCAUUCAAGGACUUCUAAUAUUAUAUUCACAAUGGCCUGUGAAGACUCUGCAUGCCAUUUGGAGUGUUCAAGUUUAAUUUGCAUUUAAUUAUCAUUUUUCCCUGCUUAAUUUCAUUAAAUCUAUUUCACAAGUACUUGCAUGGAUUUAUAUACACUCUUUGUUGUUCAAUGGGAAGAAAUUGGUAUGAAGAGCUUCCUUUCCCCCCCUCCCAGCUCAUGUAUUUUUGAGUUACGUGGCACGUCCAUCUCUGUAAACAUUAAAAAAUUCAGGUUAUAUUGAUUGUACUCACAUUGUACUGUAAUUUUAACAUUGUGCAUUAUUUUAAAAGGUUAGUGAUAUAAUUAAAAAACAGGAUAGUAAAUAACAAGAUGAAACUGUAUUGGAGGAAAAAGGUGUCUACAUUCAGGUGUUAUAAUUUGAAAGUGUGAGGGCUACGCUGAAAGUAAUGCCUCCUAUUUUAUGGUGUUGGCCCAUGAUGACAGAGGUGGAUGUUGGUGGGACUGCAGUAGAGGUUGAACCUUCCCACCAACAUCCCAUUCCAUGUUGUUGCCGUGUGACAGAUGGCAGCAGAGGGGUGGUCUGACACAGCAGUGUCUGACAUGGAAGUGUGGAUGAACCAAAGGUAUGUCAUUGAAUUCUGGAAAAAUGGCACCCACUGACAUUCAUAGAUGCUUGCUGAACAUUUGUGGAGACCAAACAGUGGAUGUAAGCACAGUGAGGUGGUGUGUGGUACAUUUUAGCAGUGGCAACAGCUAGUGUAGAUUGUUACUAGAGCAACACGCACUCUUCUUCAUCACUGAUGAAAACAUAUAGCUAAUGGUGAUGACUACGUUGAAAAAUAAUGCUUUGUAGCCGAGAAUUUGCUCUAUCAAAUAGUGUUAUUUUGCUCUUUGUAUCUGUUGGAGUUUCCAUGGAAAUCAAAAGGAGGUAUUACUUUCAGAGCAGCCUAUCUAUUUUUGCUGGACUAUGUGAAGAAUGCACUUCAGAGAGUGCUAUGCCAUCUCAAGAUAGAGUUUUUUUCUUUUUUUUCCUUCCCUCUUAAAACCUGAACUGCUUCUUAAUUUGGCUAAAAUAGGAUAGUAAUGCUAGGAGAUACAACAAUGUUGUGAUAUCUGUCUAUGGAGAUAUGCAUUUUUUUAUGUUUAUGAUAUACAUAGAUACUUGGAGUGUGUUCAGUUUCUGAGAAUUUUACUACAACUGCACUAACUUUCUAAUUAAAGAGCUUUUUAAUAUGAA